AUGACCAAAUUCAUCGCUGCCUUCGAGGACUUCUUCAAGUCGAUCUACGAGCUUUUUGCCAGCAUCAUCGGCACUUUCGCCUCGCUCGUCAACACGCUGAUCACGACCGUCCUCAACUUCUUCAGUGGUGUCAUCAACCUCUUCCUCGACGUGGGCAAGGGAGCUGUCGAUCUAGUGGGCGGCAUCGGAAAGUUCAUCGCCGGCAACAUUGUGGUCUUGGGAGUGGUCGCUGCGGGUGUCUACAUCUACACUCGUCAGCAGCAGGGAAAACCAGUGGUCCCUGCGAAAAAGACCAACUAG